AUGGACAAUAAUCUCGAUAGAAUGGGGAAGGAGCGUCAGCGUCAACGUCAACAACAACAUCAGCAUCGAUCUCCUGUUUUUAAACUUCUUCGUCGUCAUCGACAUCCGUCAGCAGUAUCAUCGUCACGAAUGGCCGAUCAAAAAUCUAAAAGCCAUGAUUCGUUUAUUAGUCAAACAAAAAAUAAUAACAAACGAAAAUCGGUAAAUGUAUUCGACAUUGCUAGUACGUGUAAUAGUUCUAGCAAUAGUGUGCGACAUAACCUAGACUGGUCAUCGACAAAUGCAACCACAGCCACAAUGGACAAUAAACAUUAUUUUGGUCUUUAUUUAAUUCGUAUUAAACAUAGUCUGGUUCUGUUUUCGUUAUCGUUGACUGCUCUUCAAAGUUUUGUUUAUUUAUUAUUGGCAGCUUUUUCUGGCAGACAUCAUUUGACACAAUUCAUUCUGGAAAUUGUUCUAUUCUCUUGCAUCUUACUUCUGUCAGUAACAUUAAUUAUACUACUUCAACGCGAAAAAUUCCUUCAUACUCAUGUAUAUAUAUCAUGUUUAUCAAUAUGGCUUUUGCUAACACUAUUUUCCGUCAUACCUAUGCUUCUACAACAACAUACAUCAAUUAUACAUCUAAUGGGUAUCGUUACAUUUUCAAUAAUAACUAUACAUACAACAUUACCUAUCUCACGAUCGUGGACGGCUCUAAUGGCGUCAAUAACAUCACUAAUUCAUUUAAUUCUUGUUACUCGUACACAUAAUAUUCAGAAUCCAAAUAACAAAAUUCAUCGGAUGGAAUUUAAACUUGAGGUUAUAUGUCUAUCAUUAUUUUUUGUUGCAUGCAAUCUAUUUGGUUUAUGUCAUCGAUAUUUAACAGAUGCACACCAGAAGAAAACAUAUCAAAAUACUAUGCGAUGCAUAGAAGCUCGUUUAAGACUUGAACGUGAAAAAGAACAACAAGAAACUUUAAUUCUGAGUGUUAUUCCAGCUCAUAUUGCAUUAAGUAUGAAAUCAGAGAUGUUACGAAAAGUUAAAGAGACAGCUAAAUAUCAUAAUCUUCAAUCAAGAGAUUAUGAUGAUCAAGGACUGAAUACAAAGAAUAUUAGUGUACGAAAAGCAACAUUUCAUGAUUUAUACAUAAAAAAACAUGAAAAUGUGACAAUAUUAUAUGCCGAUAUUGUAAAUUUUACACCAUUAUCAGAAAAAUUUACCCCACCGGAACUGGUACAAAUUCUUAAUAAGCUGUUUGGAAAAUUUGAUCAAUUAGCACAAGAAUGUGAUUGUAUGCGAAUAAAAAUCUUGGGCGAUUGUUAUUAUUGUGUUAGUGGCUUACCAAUAAGUCGACCCAAUCACGCAUCGAAUUGUGUUCGCAUGGGUUUGAAAAUGAUCGAUGAUAUCAAAUUAGUACGAGAGGCAACGGGUGUGAAUGUUGAUAUGCGCAUUGGAAUACACACAGGACGCGUCUUAUGUGGAGUGAUAGGUCUUAAAAAAUGGCAGUACGAUACAUGGUCCGAUGAUGUGACAUUAGCUAAUCAUAUUGAAGCGGGUGGCGUGCCGGGCCGUGUUCAUAUAUCUGAAAGUACAUUACUCAAAUUGGGGAACGAGUACGAAGUUGAAGAAGCUCAUGGAAAUGAACGUGAUGAAUACAUUGCUAAAUUAGGUAUUAAAACAUAUUUUAUAAUACCUCCGAAUGCACCGAAUGCACAAAACCAAUCAACGAUGAGCAGUGGUGAUACACGUAAAUCAAGCAAAAAAAUGCAAAAACUAUUGGAUACAUGGUCGAAUGAAACACCAUUUGCAGUGCAAGGUCAUGGUGACACGGAAAAAUCUGAUGCGGCAAAAAGUUUUGUACUGCUCGAAGAUAAUUUAAAACCAUUAGCAACUUCAUUUUCUUGCACACGUCGUCGGCGAAGUACAAAUGAUCUUGAGCCAUUUACACUUGAAUUUAGUAAACAAGCAAGGAAAGAUCAAACAGUUGUAGAUGAUGACGAAGAAAAUCGAACGGCUAAUGAAUCCUUGUUUCGUUCAUUGCCCGACCUAUGCUAUCGAUAUUAUGUUGUCAAUGCAGCUUGUGUGUUUCUAGUUAUUUUACUUAUUCAAGCAUUGAUCUUAGAAAAAAAUGCUCUUUUUCUUGUUUUGGUACUUAUUGGUGCAUGUGCAUUUGGUAUAGCAGCGUUACUCUGUGUUGUUGAUUUGUCAAAAUUACAACAUGACAAUCAUCGUUCGCUAUUAGACCAAUCAACUUAUUUAGUUACACAUUAUUAUUUUAUUCGUUUGCCUGUAACUCUUAUAUUAAUAUCUGUUUGUAUUCUAACACCAUUUGCUAUAUCGUGGCUCAAACCAAAUGCCGCCAAUGGAAUAUACACCAAUACAACAUUCGUAGCAAAUGUUUCUUAUACACAAAAUAUCAACAAUCAAGCUCAUAUUCUACCGACUCAAGCGAUUAGUGUUCUUCCAUCGUCGGUGAACUCUGAAACUUAUGAAUCAUGUCGUCAUUUCGAAUUUCAUAUAUUACUUAUUCAAUUGGCUUUAUUAACUGUUUCAUCAUUUAUGCAUUUAUAUUUUCUUCUUAAAGCAUUCAUUAUGAUUGUAACGGCAGCUAUUUAUGUAUCCUAUUCGCAUUAUUUUCAUGUCUAUAAUAUUAUCGCUCAUAGUAAUGGCUUAACAAGUAAUUUAUUGCUUAUACAAACAACGCUCGAAGUAUUCUUCUUUAUUCUUUUGUUAAUCGGUCUUGACCGACGGAUUGAAUAUAUGAGUCGAUUAGAUCUGCUAUGGACAGUUAAAUUUCAACACGAACAACAUGAAGCAGAAACCGUGAGCACUAUUAGUCGACUUUUAUUAGAAAAUAUUCUACCGAAACAUGUGGCUGAAAUAAUUCUCAAAGAAAAUAUGAGUCAGGGUUUAUAUCAUGAAAGUUAUGAUAAUGUGGUUGUUAUGUUUGCAUCCAUACCGGAUUUUAAAGAAUUCUAUGUUCAAUCCGAUGCUAAUAAUGAUGGUUUAGAAUGUUUAAGGUUACUCAAUGAAAUCAUUGCAGAAUUCGAUAAAUUAUUGGAUAAGAACAAAUUUAGUUGUGUUGAGAAAAUAAAAACUAUUGGUAGUACGUACAUGGCAGCUGCUGGUCUCAAUCCGGGUGCCGAACAUAGGAUGACUAGAGAACGAUAUAAUCAAAAUGUUGUUGCACUUGCGGAAUUUGCUUUUGCUAUGAUUGCAGUACUUGAAGGAAUUAAUCGGGAUUGUUUCAAUGAUUUCAAAUUGCGUGUUGGCAUGUGCAAUGGUCCUCUUGUUGCUGGUAUUGUUGGUGCCAAAAAACCUCAAUAUGAUAUUUGGGGAAAUACAGUUAAUGUUGCAUCGCGUAUGGAUAGCACUGGUGUUGUUAGCUGCAUUCAUGUACCGGAAGAAACUCAAAAAGUUUUAUUCGAACAUGGAUAUCCAUGCGAAUGUCGUGGAUCAAUAUAUGUCAAAGGUAAAGGUAACAUGACAACCUAUUUGGUUCGACCACGUGGUUAUAUGAUGCCAACGUCUGCUUCAUUUCUUUCCUCAAAACCCAUUGCAUCAAAUAAGUGA